AUGUUUACGAUAUUUUAUUAUAUUGAAGGCGCUAAGGUCCCUGUCUCGGAUCUCACACACGCCAGUCCUCAUAUUUCUAGGGUUAAUGUCAUUAAAUCAGCAUCUGGGGAGGAUGAAAGAGUGGUGGAGGUUAUUGGCACCUGGCGUGGUGUGCUUAAAGGUGACCAUAUCAUUAGUGGCGGCGUGAAUACCACUACGACGGAUAUUUCUGAAUCAACCGGGCAAGCUGGCAUAGUUGGCGACUAUACAGACAUAAGUUCGAUCAGCAGCACAACAACGAAAAUCAUCAAUAUUUACGAUGAAACGUCGGUGGACAGUGGUACCCAAAUCCAAACUGAAACUGUACCAUUGGGCGAUGUGCUGGAAAAACUGGAGUUUGAGCUGAGAAAAAAUAGCAGCCAAAGUAUUGAACAGCAGCAAGCGCAAAAUGACUACAUUAACGGCACUGCGCAUCCACCGUUGAGUGUUUGUGUCAAGUUGCUAAAUUCAGUUAGCCAGACUAGUGCAGCUACAGACAAGAAAAGCGGGCUGUUUAGAGAAAUACUGCACGUCUUGACUGAAGUGCUUCAUCCGGACCCCGAUGGCGAUGGCGGACACAGUAAGUGUGAAAGUGAGAAGAGAAUUUUAGAAAUAUUAUUCUAA